CGGAAGAGGCGGCACGUGUAGCAAGCAUGGCUCCAGGAGGCAAGAUUAACAGACCGAAAACUGAACUUGGAAAAAAACUUUUUAAACGCAGGCGAACGUUGUCAAAGGAAAAGCGGCAUAAGCACAAAAUUGUAGGAGCAGUAGUUGACAAAGGACUCAUUACUGUUCAUCACCUAAAGAAGAGAGUUUCCAGUCCGCGAGCAAAUAUCACUCUAUCAGGAAAGAAGCGCCGCAAGCUGAUCAAACAGUUACAACACAUGGAGCGUGAGAAAGCAUCUGUGGAAGCGGAAGCGGCACCAGUGAAAAAAGCUCCUUCUUCUGCAUCCAGGAAGAAAAAGAAGACCACAGCCGACCAAGAUGUGGAAAUGGAAGAGGUGCAAAGUGCUCAGUGAGACCUGCACUGACUCAUGAGAGACACUAAACCGCAAAAUGGAACUGAGUACAUUUAGCAGGAAUUCAAGAUAUUCUGUACCCUGAAGCAAGAGUGGAAUCCAACAAUAUGAAAUGAAGAAGGCCUUGUUUUGAAAUGACAAAUCCUGUCUUUUUUCUAUUUUAAAUUUAAACCUGUUCUCCUCGU